AGGUUUGGUUAUAAAUACUCAAAUACAGCAUUUUUUUCGAAAUUAGCAGAUGAUACACUACAAAUAAAUACACAGAUCACAAUUUCAUGGCCAACUUUUCAAGUAUUACGCUGUAAAUUCCAUUUCUGAGUUAGUUCCUCUUGAUUGGUCAGUGGUGCACUUCAUGUAAACUGACAUUAUGUUUCGUGAGCUGUCGCCUGACUGUUUUCAUAUCGCGGCGGAGAAAGUGACUUAAAAUUUGCAUGUCGACUGGAGUGAAAUUUACCAAAUCAGGAAUACCUAUUCCUUUAGAUUCCUUUGGAAAUGAGAUGUGUUUAUUGUUCAUCAAAUAUGGCAGAUGCCGAUUCAAGAAAAAAUGCAAAAAGUCUCACUGGACACCACCUUUGCCAGAUGAAGAGUAUCCAAGGUUACCACCUUUGCCACUGUCACCUCCCCCGUACUCAUCAUCUCUUGACAGCUACUCAUCUUCUAAGAGAAACAUUACUAGUCAACCGAUCGAAAGACAGAAUCUCCCAGCCAUUGAAAUGAGCUUUCAUCAGACAAAGUGUACUGCAUAUAUAGGAAAUGAUAACAUUGGUUUGGAAUCAACAGAGAGUGGGUUGCCAUAUUCACAAGGUUUCAUUGCUUCACAAAUGCCAAAGAACCUAGGAUGCUAUACACAAGAUGAAACCUUUGGAAUGGCACAGCCUUUGGUUCAAUAUAUGUCUGACAACAUUCAGACUGAUCCUGACCUUGGUUUUACUCAUACCUCAAGCACAUCUUCAAGAUCACCAACAAUUAUUUCAAAUUUUCAGGAUCUUAGUGUGAACACCACAAAACCAGUAAAUGAUUCAGAGUACAGUACAGUUGAAGAGGCCACCCCUGUUAAUGCAAAUUUGACUGCGCAACGGUUGGAAAAAACAGUGGAUAGAAUGGUACAAGAGAUCUAUCAGGGAAAAUACAGAUUUGAAUUUGUGUAUCAUCCAAAAAGGCAAACCAAAGGAAAUAACUGGAGAUACCAGAGCAACACUGAUCAGAGUUAUAAACAAUAUGGAGCUUAUUAUGACCGAGUGAGAGGGAAGCUUCAAGUUCAAAAUGAACCACACAAUAAGGUGGAAAAGAAAAGAUUAAAACUUUUGCGUAAAGCUCACUGGAACACUUGCCAAGUACUCAAAACAAGGCUGGCUCAACUACCACCAAGCUACUCCCUGAAUGUGAAUUUUGCACGAGUGAACUUUAACAGACUGCGGCCAUAUUUUUAUCUCUUAGUGCAGCAGUGCUUCUUCUGUGCGGAGCCAGCCGAGACACGAUGGAGACCAACUGCAUUUUCUUGUUUAAUGGCAGACACUCUGAUUGCUUUCUUCACAAAUUGUAAUAUCGCUCCAGUGGAGGCAGAAAAGAAGAUGCUGGAUUGGGGUGCACGGCCAGUCAGGGUGCGGCAGUGUAUUUCUCAUAUGUGGUCCAUUAUCGUGAAGUCUUCCUUAUCUACCGCUGGAGUUGCACAAGAAGUGAUGGCUUGUGAAAAGCAAGUGUUUGCGAAGAAACUAUGUGCGGUGGAUUACGCGUAUGCUUGUUCGCUGGCUGCACCAUUGAUGAAAGCGAAUGUGGACAGGUCAACACCCACAAUCACAAUAUCUGUCAGGCAAGGAAUUCAAGCUGCUAAGAAAGCAUCGCUUAUAGGACAGAAACCAAAAAUCUUGAAGUUGCAGAGAGUCGGUGAAAGUGUUAGUGUAAGGAUAAAAUCCUCUACAACACUUGAUAAAGGAGUUUCAAAUAGUAAGGGAGUGACUUGCAAGAAAAAGAGAAGAACUCGAAGGUCACGGCAACUUUCGUUACUAGAUCAGCAAGGCAAACAGGAUUUGCAGAAACGUUGUAAAACGAUUCUUGACAAUGCGGUGGAUUGUCCUUAAGCUCGACUUCGCCGAAAUGUUACUUCUGCGUUGCGUCACACACGCGUUAUGUUUCGUUAGCUACGCUUUGUAGGAGUAUGGCGGUUAUGGCUCCUGGUUGUGUGGGCCAGGUUACGUUGUGUUACAUUACACGUGCUUUACGUGGAAUACGUUACGUUUUGUUAUGGCAUGUGCGCGCUUUUUCUGCUUCGCUACGUUGUUACAUUAGUACGUUACAGUGAGUGUCACGAGCACCCGCCUGCCUAGUUGUGUGGAACACGUUACGCUCUGUACGUUACGUAGUGUGGAAUACGUUAUGUGUUUUACGUGGACCGCGCAACGUUUUGUUAUGGCACGUGCGCGUUAUUUGUGCUUCGUUGUUACGUUACGCUUUGUAGUGCAUGUCAAGAGCACCCGCCCGCCUAGUUGUGUAAAAUACUUUAUGCUCUGAACGUUACGUUGUGUGAUAUAUGUUACGUGCUCACGUGGACUACGUUACGUUUUGUUUUGGUAUGUGCGCGUUGUACCUGUCUUGUUGUGUAGAAUACGUUACGCUUUGUAAUGUUACAAACCGUUAUAAGUGAAAAAAAUCUCGAGCUUUAUAAAAUAACUGAGCCCCCGUGUUUAUUCAUUCUUGGCGUACCUUGGUUGCGAACUGCAGCUCUUCGAAAUUAAUCGUCGACCGCUUAUUUCGCUCGUGUGUUUCUCGCUUUGUUACGUGCUCACGUGGACUACGUUACGUUUUGUUUUGGUAUGUGCGCGUUGUACCUGUCUUGUUGUGUAGAAUACGUUACGCUUUGUAAUGUUACAAACCGUUAUAAGUGAAAAAAAUCUCGAGCUUUAUAAAAUAACUGAGCCCCCGUGUUUAUUCAUUCUUGGCGUACCUUGGUUGCGAACUGCAGCUCUUCGAAAUUAAUCGUCGACCGCUUAUUUCGCUCGUGUGUUUCUCGCUUUGUUACGUGCUCACGUGGACUACGUUACGUUUUGUUUUGGUAUGUGCGCGUUGUACCUGUCUUGUUGUGUAGAAUACGUUACGCUUUGUAAUGUUACAAACCGUUAUAAGUGAAAAAAAUCUCGAGCUUUAUAAAAUAACUGAGCCCCCGUGUUUAUUCAUUCUUGGCGUACCUUGGUUGCGAACUGCAGCUCUUCGAAAUUAAUCGUCGACCGCUUAUUUCGCUCGUGUGUUUCUCGCUUUGUUACGUGCUCACGUGGACUACGUUACGUUUUGUUUUGGUAUGUGCGCGUUGUACCUGUCUUGUUGUGUAGAAUACGUUACGCUUUGUAAUGUUACAAACCGUUAUAAGUGAAAAAAAUCUCGAGCUUUAUAAAAUAACUGAGCCCCCGUGUUUAUUCAUUCUUGGCGUACCUUGGUUGCGAACUGCAGCUCUUCGAAAUUAAUCGUCGACCGCUUAUUUCGCUCGUGUGUUUCUCGCUUUGUUACGUGCUCACGUGGACUACGUUACGUUUUGUUUUGGUAUGUGCGCGUUGUACCUGUCUUGUUGUGUAGAAUACGUUACGCUUUGUAAUGUUACAAACCGUUAUAAGUGAAAAAAAUCUCGAGCUUUAUAAAAUAACUGAGCCCCCGUGUUUAUUCAUUCUUGGCGUACCUUGGUUGCGAACUGCAGCUCUUCGAAAUUAAUCGUCGACCGCUUAUUUCGCUCGUGUGUUUCUCGCUUUGUUACGUGCUCACGUGGACUACGUUACGUUUUGUUUUGGUAUGUGCGCGUUGUACCUGUCUUGUUGUGUAGAAUACGUUACGCUUUGUAAUGUUACAAACCGUUAUAAGUGAAAAAAAUCUCGAGCUUUAUAAAAUAACUGAGCCCCCGUGUUUAUUCAUUCUUGGCGUACCUUGGUUGCGAACUGCAGCUCUUCGAAAUUAAUCGUCGACCGCUUAUUUCGCUCGUGUGUUUCUCGCUUUGUUACGUGCUCACGUGGACUACGUUACGUUUUGUUUUGGUAUGUGCGCGUUGUACCUGUCUUGUUGUGUAGAAUACGUUACGCUUUGUAAUGUUACAAACCGUUAUAAGUGAAAAAAAUCUCGAGCUUUAUAAAAUAACUGAGCCCCCGUGUUUAUUCAUUCUUGGCGUACCUUGGUUGCGAACUGCAGCUCUUCGAAAUUAAUCGUCGACCGCUUAUUUCGCUCGUGUGUUUCUCGCUUUGUUACGUGCUCACGUGGACUACGUUACGUUUUGUUUUGGUAUGUGCGCGUUGUACCUGUCUUGUUGUGUAGAAUACGUUACGCUUUGUAAUGUUACAAACCGUUAUAAGUGAAAAAAAUCUCGAGCUUUAUAAAAUAACUGAGCCCCCGUGUUUAUUCAUUCUUGGCGUACCUUGGUUGCGAACUGCAGCUCUUCGAAAUUAAUCGUCGACCGCUUAUUUCGCUCGUGUGUUUCUCGCUUUGUUACGUGCUCACGUGGACUACGUUACGUUUUGUUUUGGUAUGUGCGCGUUGUACCUGUCUUGUUGUGUAGAAUACGUUACGCUUUGUAAUGUUACAAACCGUUAUAAGUGAAAAAAAUCUCGAGCUUUAUAAAAUAACUGAGCCCCCGUGUUUAUUCAUUCUUGGCGUACCUUGGUUGCGAACUGCAGCUCUUCGAAAUUAAUCGUCGACCGCUUAUUUCGCUCGUGUGUUUCUCGCUUUGUUACGUGCUCACGUGGACUACGUUACGUUUUGUUUUGGUAUGUGCGCGUUGUACCUGUCUUGUUGUGUAGAAUACGUUACGCUUUGUAAUGUUACAAACCGUUAUAAGUGAAAAAAAUCUCGAGCUUUAUAAAAUAACUGAGCCCCCGUGUUUAUUCAUUCUUGGCGUACCUUGGUUGCGAACUGCAGCUCUUCGAAAUUAAUCGUCGACCGCUUAUUUCGCUCGUGUGUUUCUCGCUUUGUUACGUGCUCACGUGGACUACGUUACGUUUUGUUUUGGUAUGUGCGCGUUGUACCUGUCUUGUUGUGUAGAAUACGUUACGCUUUGUAAUGUUACAAACCGUUAUAAGUGAAAAAAAUCUCGAGCUUUAUAAAAUAACUGAGCCCCCGUGUUUAUUCAUUCUUGGCGUACCUUGGUUGCGAACUGCAGCUCUUCGAAAUUAAUCGUCGACCGCUUAUUUCGCUCGUGUGUUUCUCGCUUUGUUACGUGCUCACGUGGACUACGUUACGUUUUGUUUUGGUAUGUGCGCGUUGUACCUGUCUUGUUGUGUAGAAUACGUUACGCUUUGUAAUGUUACAAACCGUUAUAAGUGAAAAAAAUCUCGAGCUUUAUAAAAUAACUGAGCCCCCGUGUUUAUUCAUUCUUGGCGUACCUUGGUUGCGAACUGCAGCUCUUCGAAAUUAAUCGUCGACCGCUUAUUUCGCUCGUGUGUUUCUCGCUUUGUUACGUGCUCACGUGGACUACGUUACGUUUUGUUUUGGUAUGUGCGCGUUGUACCUGUCUUGUUGUGUAGAAUACGUUACGCUUUGUAAUGUUACAAACCGUUAUAAGUGAAAAAAAUCUCGAGCUUUAUAAAAUAACUGAGCCCCCGUGUUUAUUCAUUCUUGGCGUACCUUGGUUGCGAACUGCAGCUCUUCGAAAUUAAUCGUCGACCGCUUAUUUCGCUCGUGUGUUUCUCGCUUCUCGCUUCUCGUACGCUUGAUCCACGAGAGAGGAUCAAGACUGAAUCAUGAUCCACGGUACACAGGGGGUGGGGGUGGGGGAUGG